UACACCUUUACGUCAUGUCCGAAACACCAGCAGUUUCCUGGGACAUGACACAGUCGUUUAGAUUGGAAAAACACCGAUUAAUAGAAGACGAUUACACGUUAUAGUAGAGCAAAACCGCGUUUAAACCAUUUAUCGCACUUCAGGUUCGCCGGCUGAGUGAAUUUAGCUGGCUGAAAAUGGAGGCGGUGCCGCGAAUGCCGAUGAUUUGGCUGGAUUUGAAGGAGGCUGGAGAGUUCCAGUUUAGCUCGACUGUUAAACAGUUCAUACUGAAGAAUUACGGAGAGGAUCCAGACAACUACAACGAGCCGCUGAAGAAACUGGAACAAUUACGACAGAGUGCGGUGAACGUGACGCGGGACUUCGAGGGCUGCAGUACACUACGCAAAUACUUCGGGCAGCUGCACUACCUGCAGAGCCGUGUGCCUUUGGGUCCCGGGCAGGAAGCCGCUGUCCCGGUGUCCUGGACGGAGAUCUUCUCGGGGAAGACGGUCACGCACGACGACAUUAGCUACGAGCAAGCAUGCAUCUUGUAUAAUUUGGGAGCACUGCAUUCGAUGCUGGGAGCGAUGGACAACCGAGUAUCAGAGGAGGGGAUGAAGGUCUCGUGCACACAUUUCCAGUGUUCAGCUGGAGCCUUCACCUACCUGCGAGAUCACUUCAGCCAUAAUUACAGCGUGGACAUGAGUCACCAGAUCCUUAAUCUCAACAUCAAUCUCAUGCUGGGUCAGGCGCAGGAGUGUUUGCUGGAGAAGUCCAUGCUGGACAACAGAAAGAGUUUCCUUGUUGCACGGAUAAGUGCUCAGGUAGUGGAUUAUUAUAAAGAGGCUUGCCGUGCCCUGGAGAACUCCGACACCGCCUCGAUGCUUGGGAAGAUCCAGAAAGAUUGGAAGAAACUCGUGCAGAUGAAGAUUUACUAUUUUGCUGCUGUUGCUCAUCUGCAUAUGGGAAAGCAGGCUGAGGAGCAGCAGAAAUAUGGAGAGAGGCUCGCUUAUCUUCAGAGUUCACUAGACAAACUGUCCGAAGCGAUAAAGUUGGCUAAAGGCCAGCCAGACAGCGUUCAGGAAGCCUUGCGCUUCACCAUGGACGUCAUCGGGGGGAAAUUUAACUCUGCUAAGAAAGACAAUGACUUCAUUUACCAUGAGGUCGUGCCGUCUCUGGAGACGCUGCCUUCAGUUAAAGGUGCGCCGCUAGUCAAAGCCUUACCCGUGAAUCCAACAGACCCCAGCGUGACAGGACCAGACAUUUUCUCCAAGCUGGUGCCUAUGGCUGCUCAUGAGGCCUCCUCUCUCUACAGUGAAGAAAAGGCCAAGCUGCUACGAGAAGUCAUGGCAAAAAUAGACGGCAAGAACGAGACUUUAGAACAAUUCAUGGACUCUCUGAAUCUGGACCCAGAUUCUGUGGACAACAUGGACAUGUACAAUAGCAUUCCCUCUGUACUUAUGGAGAAGUGUGCGGCCCUGAGCGUGAGACCGGACACAGUAAAGAGUCUCAUACAGUCUAUGCAGGUACUCUCGGGUGUGUUCACGGACGUGGAGGCCUCCCUGAGGGAGAUUCGAUCAGUGUUAGACGACGAUGAAGCGGGUGACCGGAAGCUACAUGAGGUAGCAGGGAAGCAGAGCGUCCCAGCACAACCUGCAGUCAUAGCUGAGCUUCGUAGGGACCUCGAGAAAUACCUGGAGGCCCACGAGAAAGCAAGCUUCACCAACACGGAACUUCACCGGGCCAUGAAUUUACACAUUAGCAACCUGCGACUGCUUGGUGGACCACUGGACACUCUGAGAGAGGCACUGCCCAGACCACAACUUUCUGAAGAUGAAGUAGCAGGUCUCCAGUGCAUGAAAAGGAUUCUGGGUAAAGUCCAGGAAAUGAAAGACCAGCGCAGUUCUCUUGAGAAGCAGUUAAGGGAGCUGAUCCAGCAGGAUGACAUCACUGCUGCUUUAGUUACCACCGAGAGGGCUGAUAUGAAGAGGUUAUUUGAGGAGCAGCUGAAGAAGUACGAGCAGGUAAAGGUGUACAUCGAUCAAAAUCUAGCUGCUCAGGAGAACAUCCUGAAGGCACUGACGGAUGCCAACGUCCAGUAUGCAACAGUACGCAAGGGCCUGGCUGAGACGGAACAUAAAUGGAACAGUACAGUGCAAAUGCUUGUUGCUUCCUAUGAAGCCUAUGAAGACCUGAUGAAGAAAUCGCAGGAGGGAAAAGAGUUUUAUGAAGACUUGGAGGCUAAGGCUUCUCGUCUCUUAGAAAGGGCUAAGACCAUCUGCAAGACCAGGGAGGAAGAGCGACAAGCCAUUUUGGAAAAAGAGCUCCAAAAAAAGGUUCCUCAAAGGCCCACCGCCCCAAAGCCAGCCCAAAAGAAAGCCCCAGAUAUGAAUUCCUCUGGCAUGGAUGACCCUGAAAUAGCCAAGCUGAAUGCUGCCAUUCUAGCCUUAGGUGGAGACUUACCAGAAGACCUUCGUAGUUUGCCUCCCGAGCUUUCUCUUCACAUGAUACCAGAGGCUUUUCAUCCAGGGGCAGCUGCUCUAUAUACACCACCCCGAUUUCCUCCGAACCUACCACCUCCUGAACUUCUCGCGCAGAUCUCCCGUUUUACAGCGCUUCCCCCAACCCAGGGCUUCAACCACAGUCUGCCACCAGGCUCCCUUCCCCAGCAACACCAGGUUCCUCAGAUGCCCAACCCUCAAGUUUCUCGGCUUACUUCGGUGCCUGGGUACCGUCCUCCAUCUUUACAAACCCAGCCGGCUGUAUCGGGCCCACCAGCUCCCAUUCGCACAUCCACCACCACUGUGGACAGUGUGCAAACGCCUAUUUCCAGCUAUACUCCAGCACCGGCACAGCCAGUCAUGCCUGCACCCACGCCUGGACACCCUAUACCCACUCCUGCUGUGUAUAAUCCUCCCCCUCCAGUGGCUUCUCAGCCUCAGUAUUUGCAGCAGCCUGGUGUUCCUGUCAGCCAGCCACCUCAGGGAGUACAAGCUUCUCAACCACAGUCGCAGCCCUCUCAACCAUUUCUCCAAGUUCACGGUCCAGGCCAACCACAGUCGAGCACACCACAGCAGUUCUUCCAGCCGGUGCCAGCUCAGCAGCAGAUACCUGCACCUGUAACUGGGCCUCAGCUCCCACAACAAACUCGACCCCACUACCUACACCACAUGGCGCAACCGAGACCACCUGGACCACCUAAUCUUCAGCAACGGCCAUUUAAUAUUCACUCUACACCAUCUGCACUGCCCCAGCAGAUGUAUUCUCCUGUUUCAUAUGUUCCUGGUUGCCAGCCUGUGAAUGCCAUUGCUCCAAAUCAGCUGCCCCAUCAUUCCAUGCAACCACAUAUGCCUCCAUCCUCCCAGCCAAUGCCUCAAGUUUCUAUGCCACAUUUACCAAAUGUAAAACAACAAAUGCCUGCUUGUUCCCAGCCCUACAUGCCCCCUGUCAAUCAGCAAAUACAUUCUAUUCCCCCUCCACAAACACCCCUUUCCUCACAGCAGGUACCACCUGCAGGCCAUGGACAAAUGCCUCCCACUGCACAACAAAUACCUCCAUUAUCUCAGCCACAAAUGCUACCAUCUUCCUCCCAAAUGUCUCCUCCCACUCACCUGCAAAUGCCUGCAGUUUCCCAAACAGUCUUGCAUCCCUCUCAUCCAACAGUAUCCGCUGUUUCCCAGUCUUUACCUCACCCGUCUCGGCCACCAGCACCAAGUGUUUCCCAACCAUUGCCAUACCCCUCCUAUCAACAAAUUCAUCCUCCCUACCAGCCAGCAUUUCCAGCAACCCCACAAAGGGUUCCAGUCCCUGUCCAGCCUCAGUUACCUCCAGUCUCUCUGUCAGCACAGUUCCCAGUGCACACCAAUGCUCUCCCUUCACAGCCCCAUGGCAAUCUUCCCUCACCACUUCCUCCUGGACCUCGACCUUCAGUGCCCCCACAGAUGACCCAGCAACCUAUCAACUUGCCUCAGCACCAUCUCCCUCCUCACACUACACCUGUGGGUUAUCCUGGUGGUGUUCCUUUAGUUCACCAAUCCACAGUUCCUCAGCAGCCCCAGGCUCUGCCUCCACAGGUACCAUCAGGGGUGCCAGCAUCUUACCCUGGGCCACAUGCUGGGAUCAUUCCUCCUGGACCAAUGCAGCAUUCUGGACCAGUUGUUACACCUGGACUCCCACAGUCACUCCCACAGAGUAUGAUCCCACCAUCUUCAGCUGCACCAGGGACUACACCGAGCAGUAUCCUGCCUGCCCCGUCGCCUUCUCCAUCAUCAGGGCCUUCCUCACUAGGUAUCAUUCCUCAGAGACCCUCGCCUGCUCUGACACCUGUUGCAGGUGCAGCGAUGCCACAGACUGCAACAACACCCCUGCCCCCCUCCAACUCACUGUUUCAGCACCAGAAUUCCAGUACAGAUGAUCUUCUCUCUUCAAGCCCGGAGAGCCAACAUGGUGGCAGCAAAGACACUGCCAAUGUCUUAUUACCCACCAAGGCUGAUCCUCAAGAUGAACAGCUUCGCAAGAAAUCUGAGGGAGUGAAGAUUAUUCAAGGUGAUCCAUACCAGGCUCCAGAGAGGGUCUCGCAGCUUUGUGCAGAGCUCGAAAGGUUUCGGUCAACUGUCCAGUCUUUGGAGCGUCCCUCGGGAGAGGGAGGUUUGUCCGAACUCGACGCUCGAUGGAAGGAGCUGCAAGAUCAGCAAGAGAAAGAUUCUCGUCAGCUCUCCAUCGCCAUAGCCCGGUGCUACACCAUGAAAAACCGCCACCAGGACGUCAUGCCUUACGACUGUAAUCGAGUUGUCCUGCACUCUGGCAAAGACGACUACAUCAACGCCAGCUUCAUAGAGGAUCUUUCACCAUAUUGUCCUCGCCUUAUCGCAACACAGGCUCCCCUUACUGGAACUGCUGCCGAUUUCUGGCUCAUGGUCUACGAGCAAAAAGUGUCACUAAUUGUAAUGCUGGUGUCUGAGCAAGAACUGGAAAAGCAAAAAGUUCUGCGCUACUUUCCAUCUGAAAGAGGACAGCAGAUCACUCAAGGCUCAAUCACACUCAGCCUGACUACCCAGAAAAACACAGCCACUCACGUGGAGCGCAUGAUUGGACUGCAGUAUCGUGAUCAGAGUCUGAAGCGCACAGUCAUCCACUUACAGUUCACCUCAUGGCCCGAACUGUAUGGACCCAACACCGGCUUGCCAGAGAGCAAAAGUAACCUCAUUCGCUUCAUUCAGGAAGUUCACGGACAUUAUCUUCUCCAGCGCCCUUUACACACACCUGUUGUGGUGCACUGCAGCUCUGGUGUUGGCCGAACCGGAGCCUUCUGCCUGUUGUACGCUGCACUACAAGAGCUGGAGGCUGGGAAUGGUAUACCUGACCUAUCUCAGCUGGUGAGGAAGAUGAGACAACAGAGGAAGAAUAUGCUACAGGAGAAGUUACACCUAAAAUUCUGCCACGAAGCAGUCCUGAAACAUGCGGAGCAGGUGCUUCAGCGUCGUGGCAUCAUUACCACUGCAAGCCAAAAGUCCACAAACAGUGCAGCAGUUAAGCAGUAUUCCCAGCCAGAGGCUCAGGAUAUUGUUCUUGGAGGCGAUAUGUCCAUUAGCUCCAUCCAGGCUACGGUUGCUAGGCUCAGCAUCCGUCCACCCAGUGUUGAGUCUGACCAGGACCCAAAUCAGGACCCAACGCCUUCUGUCGCUGCAGGACUUGAACCCGAGUUGGCACUAGUUCAGGACCUCCAAGCUCCUUCUCUGACAGAUGCGGUUCCUGCCUCACUAAGUCCCCCAGUUUCCUGCCCUGCUUCUCCAGGUAAGAUGCAGUCCCCUUCACCUCCUCACCACGAGGGUAAUGGGUUUGACGGAUCCACACCCAUGCCAAUCUCCAACAGCCAUGCUGCACCUGAAGAACCUCCCCCAGCACCAUCACCCCUGGACCUUCUGGCUUCCUUAACACCCGAAGCUUUCACACUAGACAAUGGUUGCCGUGGCAAACAGCGAAUCAGCAAGCAAAGUUUCUUCCAGGCGCAGGAAGGCCAGGGUCUUCAGGGUCCUCCGACUGGAGAUGACCCACUCAGCACCCUGGAUCCCCUCUGGACUCUCAACAAGUCCUGACUUCUUGGAUUCCCUUUUUGAUGAGGCAACGAGUUCUGUUUACGCCUCAGCAUUUUCACUGCUUAUCAGCUAGCUAACAGCCUUUUAUUAGUUGAAUCCGUGUCCAUGGCCUGUACCUCUGGGACCACCUCACCGCGUGUCAGUCCCUGUGUAUCUCGGAGUCUGCACUUUUCUGGUACUGCCUUCCUUGUUCAUUAAAGCUGUUUCCCAGCAUGCACACCUCCUUCUGAAGAUGAGCCGGGCCUUCUAAAUGGACAUCUGCAUCUCGACGCCAAAUAUGUCUUUGUUAACGAUGGAGAUAAAAGGCACGGCGAUCAAACUGGGGACUCUGUGAGCACUUUAAUUCAGAAGAAGGCGACAGUAGGUUUGUCGGAGUGGCGGUUUGCUUAAAUCUUAAGCUGAAAAAUGGGGUUUGAACGAAGAACCCCAGUUCACUUUGUACUUCAGAGCAGUUUAAGUCUUCAACGGUUCCCACUUCUAUUGCACAAGUUCCCCUCGGUGCACUUUGCUGCCUGCACUGUGGCCUAUUUGUUUAUCAGCUACGACCAUGAUGGAAAACUGAAAGAAUCUGACAAAAUGUGCUAACUUUAUAUUAGCAUACAACUGAAAAAGGACCAGUUCACAGAAUCACAUUUAAGCAAUGCUACCUGCCUUCUACUAACAUUACUAUUAUUAUUGUUAUUAUUAUUAUUAUUAUUAUUAUUAUUACUAGCUGACUUCUAUUGUUAGCUCUUUUCGGGGGAGUACUUGCUAACUUUACGUAUGGCUAAGUGACACUCACCGCCAUGUACUCACUCACUUUUUGCUUAUAACGCAUUAUAACCUUAUAACUUAUUUCUGAUUCGGCACACCAUAAACAUCCCAUUCUGAGUUGAUUCUUUCUGCCUUGUUAAACGUUGUAAAUACAUCUUAAUUAAAAAUCCAUCUCUUCAAA